AUGACCUUCCUCUUUUGCAAAUGGUUGAUAGCCGCCAAUAUUGUCACUCGACGCAGGAGGAUAUCAGACUCAGAGGAAGAGAUAGCUCCACGACAAGCAACAGAAGUGACCCGUGAAGCUGUGAUGUCGCCUCGAGGAAAAGAGGCUGCUGAAUCAUCAAGGAAAGGAAAGGAACCGGCUCUCCCAGUUGAUAGUGAAGAGGAGUUUGAUAGUGAAGCAACCGAAACUUCAGAAGGGGAAGACGAGAAUGAAUCAAGUUCUGAGGAAGUAUCUGGCCUUCCCGAUUCAUUCUUUGAUAGAGGACUUGUAAGGCCUUCUGUCGCUCCGACCCAACCACAAGCUGCUCCAAAGAAACGUAAGGAAAGAGUCGUCAUGGAACAUCCUAACCGGAUGACGGUAGAAGUUCUUAGUUGCGACGAAGAGGAUGAAGAGGAUAUGGUGCCUCUCAUUCGUCGGCAAAUAUCUCGAACUUCUACUCAAGCUCAAACUCAAGUUUCUCCCCGAGCUGAGUUACGCACCAAACAUCGUCAUGAAGGUUCUGGUGCACGCCCUCUGAAGAAACAGAAGAAAGCUGUUUCUAAACCGCGCGUUCAUCUUCCUGCUGUAGAAGAGACAUCCGGUCGUAGUGUUUCUUCUGAUGAACAAGGGAGUCGAGAGGAAGGAGAAUUGUCAGCUGAUGCUGCUUCUCCCGGAGGUAUGGAAAUUGAGGAAACAAGCUUCGUCCAACAAAUGCAUGACGCUCUGAAGGAAGGAUCGGCUGAUGUUCCACCCACUCCUGACGUUGAUCCAUCAGCUGUGGACACAGGUCUUAGGGAUCAGAGAUGGUAUGGGAGGUGGAAUAGGCGGAUCCAUACUGGAAAAGGUUGGGGAACCGUUGAAAGCCUGAUAUCCUCCUUCCAUCGGCAGAAUCUGCCCGUAAAGGUGCCCCCAUCUACCAGGCCGAGCUCUGUGGUUUGGGUAAGAAGGGAGACGGAUGGAAACUGCACCAUGAAGCUAUUUCCUGGCGCUUCUUUGAUUUGA